AUGAUCACCACUGCCAACUUGCAGACAAUAUUCGUGACGUCACAAAAGGGCAAGCGCUUGAUAAAGCUGGACGGCUACACUUUCUACUCGUCAGUCAACACGGGCUUCAAGAUACGCUGGCGAUGCUCCACCGGCUGCCACCAGGGCUGCCGUGCCGCCAUUUACACUGCCGAUGACGAGAUCAUAUCCGUGAAGAAUGACCACAACCAUCCGCCAUCGUAU